AUGUAUUGAAGCUUCACAGUUUUUGGACGUUACAACAUUAGGUAUUUUCUUUUAUGCCAGUUAAAUCGAAGGGUAUCUUUUUACAAGAUAAAUAAAUAAAGACAUCAUUUAAAACUCCUUUAGAGAAUAGGAGAAUAUUGAAUUGCUUAUCGAUUUCGUUGCUGUGUUGCUGAUUGUACACCGGCCUUCAAUGUUUCCGAUCCGAUCACAAAUCCUAGAUAAUCGUAAUCAAUUAUAGCGACUACAGUAAAUAAGCAAGAUGGUCUGCGGGUGACCAACCAUACAUCGUCGAACGUAACCAUGGUAACGUAUCGGAGAAUUGUGAUUGUUGUAGGCCUAUUAAGUCUAUAUUCUUGAAAAUCUAAGGAUGGCCAAUCAUACAGCAUCGAACGUAACCUUUGGUAACUUAUCGGAGCAGAAAAUGUGAUUGUAUUGUAGGCCAUGCUCUAGACAGUGGUGGUUUUGACGGGAACCCGUUAAGAUAAACACAAAAUGAGGAUUGCUAUCCUCGAUAUUUCGGAAUUGCUUAACUUCCUUGUCCAUACAAAGGCCCGUGCAAGGCAGAUGUCAAUCAUAUUAAUCUAAUAUCUCACAUGGGUGCCGUUUGCUUCAUCUAAAUAAAUCGCAUGAAAUGCUGAAUACUUUAUUGUAAGGCCAAUAGUUCAACGUAUCUAUUUAAUGAUUGUGUUUUUAAAAAUAAAUAUUGAAUUUCAAGAGAAUUGAAAGAUUAUUACUUCUGCAGGUGGAACUAAAUGCACAACGACAAGCUAAAGUCGACCCGCUGAUAAAACAUCGAGGGUUGUGAUUGGCUAAUGAAGGGCGCGCUCGCUUAUUGUCUAAUUAUUUUCUUAGCUCUACCAGGAAAGUAGACAUGGCAACCGUAUGUAAUAUUCUAUCAUCAUACAACAACAAAUGGUUAAACUAAAGAUGCAGGGGAGAAAGUGUAAAUCUAUCGAGAAUUAUGAACCUUGUAGGGUAUAAUAAGGACAUGCUCUCCAAUAUGCAUAUACCCGUUUAUAAGUCGACUGGGGCAAGGCACUUCGGUGGUUUGGGAGCUAUGUCAGGAGAAAUGUCAUUGCACGAACUUAUAUCACAAAGACGCCGAGAGAGAAAAGGACUCUCUGUACCCUACUGUGACGACGAGCUAUCUCUUGAAGGGGAAUGUUCCCGACACUCGUCUUCUUAUCGUGAUAUCAUGAACGCCCAUCGGAAAAAACAGCACAUACACUCGGUGCUUGAUUUAAUGGGCAGAAGACACAAAAAACGGAGAGUUCAGAGCAAGCAAUAUGAGACAAAUAUAUAUAAAAGAAUAACGCGUUCUAAUGGGCCUAAUCAGGGUGAUUCGAAAGUGAAAGCAUCUGAAGCUUAUCGAGAGCGAGGCAGGAGACUUGCAAUUCCUGAUAACAAAAUGAGAACUACUUACAAAGACAUGAUGAAACAGGUGGGCCAGACGACACCAUGCACCGAUAUCAACAACAAUAAAGUUUAUACUUCCAGGAGAGGAAAAUUCUUGGCAAGAGUAACCCUGAUAAUUUUAUUACUCAGGAUGGCAAAAACGUAUAUAUUCAGUGAGAGCGAUCGGCAGAUUGUAAACCUUUAUACAGCAAUGGAUGCUGCGCAAGCCGCAGAUAGCUAUAAAAUACAGAAUGACUUGGUGUUUGAUAUUACCAGAUUCAAGGCUAGCAAAAAGAGGCGUGUAUCCAAAGCAACGAAACGAGUUCUAAAUAUCAAACCAGGAGAUAGAAAAGAAGCGGAUAUUUACCAUGUGCAAGUUGAACUACAAAGACAUAAGCCUCUAGGACGGUUUCCGAUCGAGAUGCAGAAGCGCCUAAUAGAAAAAUCGUGGUUCGAAGCAUACGAGCAGCAUCGGGUGGUAAUUCGUUUUAAUCACCGUCCAUGGACCUUUUAUGUUAUACUUUCCGGCUCAGCUGUCGUUUUGGAAGGAGAUCCAUCAAAUAUAGGUCGUGGAGCAAUUCCAAUUAAUGCCGGAGAUACAUUUGGGGAGAAAGCUAUAACUGAUCGGUCACGUCAUCAAAUAACAGUUAUCUCUAAAGAACAUAUUGAGCUCAUGUGCCUUUCGGUAGAAGAUUAUAUAGAUAUUUUCUUAGCUGGCGGAAUGAACAAGAUUUGUGCCAAUGAAGAUAAUUUUGUAAGAUCGAAGCCUAACACAAUCGUUGACGUCGUCAAUCAACCACAGAAACAAAUGUCUGAUGUUAGCCUUACUAAUCAGCUGAACUCAUUUCUUAGGUCCAUACGUAUUUUCGAUUCUUGGCCUGUUCAUCUAUUACAGUCUAACCCGGAGAAAUGUACUUUUAACUUUUACAAACCAAAGGCAAUAGUCGUCGAAAACAACAGAACAUCGGAGUGGAUAUACCUUAUAAAAUCGGGUAGUUGUGCGGUUAUGAAAGCCCUGCAACACAAGGUUGAACAGGUAGAAGAUCCAGUAGUUAGUCCAAAGACUAAAAAAUAUUUGGCCCAUCAUAGAUUAAAACGUCAGGAACAUCCUUUUGGAUAUCACGAAAACAUCAUCAAACAAAACACUAAAGCAUUCUUCAAGAUGCGUGCAGAGCUUCUAAAAGGGAAAUGGAUUCGUCCAGCAGAGAGGCCAUCAAAUAUUAUCCAGAUUCAUGUGAGGGCAGAGACGCAAGUGCACGACGAUGGAGACAAAAUCGUAGAAGAGGAAAAUUCGAACGAAUCAGAGGCUGCUGAUGACGCUGUGGAGGAAGGUGAAUCUGGAAGCAGAGGGAAUAGACUGAAUACAGUAAAAACAGCACAAAAAGAUAUGAAAGAAGUGUUGAUAAACUUUAAGAGAGGGCCAUUUUAUACACGUAACUUCACACAUGGUGAACAAGAAGAAAUCAAGAGCCGCUCGAAAGAUGAAGAGAAAUGCGACGAAGUCGAAGAUGUCAGAAAAACUAAAUCAAGUAGACAAUCAGAACCGGUUGCCUUGAAUAUUUCAAGAAAUAAUCAGAAUACUACAUCAUACGUAAAGAUUGAUACCUUAGAAAAAGGCGAUGUUUUUGGUGUCCUUGAAAUUGCAUUCGGUGAGCAGCCGAAACUGUUUUUGAUCAGUAAUGGAGCCGAAUGCGUAUUGAUCUCAAAGAAAUUCUUCAUUCAGCACUGCACUGAAGAAACAGUCAAGAGCAUCACUGAUAAUAUGCGUCCAUAUCCGAAUGAUGAUACGUCACGACGCGACGUUCAAGAGAAACUGAACUGGAGAAAGAAGCGUGAUCUUACUAUGCAGGAAGUUGUAGAAAAUUUCAAGCGAAACAUCCGACUUCGAACCCAAAUUCGACCAUGAUUAUAUAUCCCAGCCUACCUUCCCAUCUUCGGCUGUGAAAAUUUAAGUUUCAUAAUACGUUCACCUUUUAAACACUGUCAUUGUGUUAUUUCAGUGGGAAAUGAAAAUGUUUUUGUUUUAAGAAUCCUAAACCGAAUUUUGGUUUCAACACUGAUGAACUUAGCCUUGUUACUCUGAGUAUACGACUGCUGUUUGGCACUCAAUAAUGGGUUUACCAAUAUCUUAGCAACACAAUUUAGUCCAUCCAACGAAUGACCUGUCGCAUCAUUUUUUAGAGACUUUAAAAAAUGUGAGCUGUCGUGACAAAAUGAGUCUUGUGGUACAAAAAAUGAAAAUCGCCUAUAAAGAUAUACAACUUUAAAAAAUUGUGUUGGUUUUUCUAUCAAUUCUGAAAAAUAGCUUUACAAAAUGUGCCACAAAAACUUCGGAAACUCAACUCAGAACUUUCCUAUUAUGAAAUAUACAUAUUAAACUUAUCAGAAAAUUGAAACCCGUUGUUUUUUUUUUAAAUACCACUUCAGUUAUAGGCCUAUUUUCUUGAAUAGGCCUAUAUUGACCUGGACGUACCAAGACUCAUUUGUUUCACGACAGCUCACAAUUAUGAUUAAGAUCAAAGAUCGCUGCAAUCUUUAUUUUCUUUCAUUUUUUUUCAUUGUGCUAUUAUGUGCUUUGUAUUUUUAAAGUGUCUGUGUCUAUGUAAGUUGAUAAAACAAAGUGUAUGGGGGACAUCAUCGUUUUAAUA